AUGUCCAUCUGGAGUUUCCUUCUGCUGUGUGCUGCGGCCAUCGGCACCAGUCGAGCAUGCUCUUGUGACCCAGAAGACAUCCGGGCACACGAGGACUUCUCGUCUCCAGCAGUCAAAUUCUUCAGGCAGCCCUUCGUUUUCGCAGGGAAGGUCCUCUCCAUCCAGCCAGCCGACGGCAUGCCAGGCGAGCAAUCUGCAUAUUGUGCAGCACCACCGGCGGCUCAUCAUGAGGACGAGGAGUGGGGAAAUCCAUGCGCUGAGGACGAUGAAGGCCAUUUCAGGAGAUGGAACAGGUGUCGCCGGAAGCAUAUUGCCGAGGUGCAGGUCACUCAUGGAUUUCAGGGCAUCAGCAAGGGCGAGAUUUUCCGGUACAACUGCACUCUUGCAAGUUGCGGUGAUUGCAGUGCAGACUGUCCUGAGGUGGGUGCAGAGGUUCUCGAUGGCACGCGCGCAGGCGGCGCGACGUCUAUCUGUCGCUCGCAGCUCUGUGUGCUCUCUGGCUGGGAUACGGAGCACUGCCAGCGGCUCCUUAAGGAGCUGCAGCGCAAGAGGCCUGCUGAAAGCAGGAAGUUUCAGAUUGCUCUGCCCGUGGCCUUCUCCACGCUGACCGCCAACUCCUACUUUCGCGGCCAGCUGUUGCGAUCACUGGUCGAGGACGUCCUGGCGGACCUCUGGCCAGAGGUGUCGAAGUUUGACAUCAAGUCCGCAAACCUUGUGGAGGAUCCGCAUCGAUCCGUGUUGGUGACGCCUUCGGCCCUCGUGCCCUCCACUCUUUUCGAAAUCGUCUGCUACAUGGCGGACCAGGAGGACGUGGCUGGCGUCGAGUCAGUUCUGCGAGGCCUGUUCUCAGUGCCUUUCACCUGGAAGAAGGGGUGGGACAUUGUGAAGCAGUUCUGCCUCCAUAGCCCAUGCCCCCAGUGUGAGACGACCUGUGUGGAGUCCUCGCAGACUUCGUUGGUGAGCCUCCCAACGCCCAUCUUCGCCUGA